AUGACAAUCAACUCAAGCAAUAUCAACCGCAUACCUCUAAAUAAUCUCGAACUGAUUUCCUUAAAAGUUACUAUUUUAAAAGCUUUUCAUUGUCUUCAAAAUGGAAAAUCAUUAACGUUUCAUCAAGAUCGACAUCGUCAAGCGGCUCAUCCAAUUGCAGUGAUUGAAAGUCAACCUUAUACCGAAGAAUUCCUUUCAAAUUUAAAAUUGUCAAGCGUGGGUGGAAGCAAUGUAUUAGCAUUUGUAAUAAGGAGAAUAGCUAAUUAUGAUUGGUUAAAGGGUGCUAUGGAACAAAACAAAGUGCCAGUGCAGACUGGAACAACUUAA